AUUUCUUGUUAUUGAGAAAAGUGAAGAAAAUAACAAAAUUGUCUCUUUCUAUCUAGUGAACAUUAGUUAACUAACAAUUUAACCUUGAAUAGAGAAAAGUGAAUUUACCUUGACAAUGAACAGGUCAAAUGAUGGUAAAGAUUUGUGCUCCUACAUUCACCGAAUUUGCCUUCAAACAAAAUUAGAAGGUUUUGAUUAUUGUAUUCGUCAUAUUUUGGUUGAUAAAAAUGCUCCUUUCAAACAAUGCACCUUUAGCCAUCCAAUUACCAACAAAAGAUGUCCAAAUGCUGCAAGGAAAUCUGAUAGAGCGAGUCAAGUUCUGUGUCCUUGGCAUAUUAAGAAGAUGUUUCUAAAGCAGAAACACCAACAAUUACAUCAGCAAUUGCAACAAAAUAUUGAAGAAGCAAAGGCUAAACGGGAAGGACUGAAAGGAUUAUUACUUCAAUUGGAACAUUACAGUCACAGUCAAGAUCCAACGCGAAAACGAGCUAAUAUCAAUUGGGUGAAACAAGAUGAUGAUAACAGUAUUACAGCAAGUGACUAUUUACGAAAUAAAAUCUCUGAAGCGGCUAUUGAAUCAUUGGAUCAAGAAUCAGAUGAAGAAUCGAGUAACCCAAUGUUGGAAGAUGUUCUUCGUCCAGAUUUAAUUGAUUCGGAUUCGGAAAAUUUUGACAGUGAUCAAGAUGAUCCAUUAAAACAUGCGGGUGUUUAUACAGCAGAAGAAGUUUCUCUCAUAUUGAGAGAUAAAAUGUUAAAAUUACAAUCACUGUACAUAGGACAAUUUAAACAUUUACAGUAUCUACUUCGUGAAAAGUACAAAAGAUAUCUUCAAUCUUUACAGAAUGAGAAAGAGGCUCAAGCCAUGAUGGAAGAAAAUGGCGAAUUCGAUAUAUCUGAUUCGGGUUAUUCGGAGGAAGAUGUUUACAGAUUAAGAGCUCUAGUGAAAUAUCAUCGAUAUCGAGGACCAGAGGCUCUUCUUAAAGACAAAGCAAGAGAGAAGAGACGAGCUCUUCUGGAAGGAGAAAACUUCAAACCUAAAAUCUAUGCAAGAUGUAUCUUCAACAAAGAUGUUCCAUGUCAAAAUCAAGCACUUCCCCUGUCCCAUUAUUGCAAAUCUCAUAUUUUAUUCGAUUCUAAUCAGGUCCUUUUCCGACCUUGUGCGGCAGGAGAACCACCAUGUCUUAAUCCUGUCAUAUCAAUUCGUCGCCAUCACACUUGUAUUCUCCAUAGUGAUCUCAAACAGCACAAUUCAGAAAUCGACAAACUGUUUCAAGAAGUUCAUGAAGAUAAUCAUGAGAAACAACCUUCUCCUCAACCUUGCCUAUCAGUUUCUCAGGAAAUUGUUUCAUGCCCUGGACCAGAAACAUCAGAAAUAGCACUUCUAGAAUUACCACCGCCACCGCCACCGUUAUCAUUCAAUCAAUUUGACACUCCUAUUUUUUCAAGUCAAGAUAAUUUGAAGCAAUCAAUACAAACGGAUCUCAACACUGAAAUUCAAGAAUCAAUCUCUCUGAACCAGUCCAGUGAAAACUUAAUUACACCCAAUCUACUUCAGCCUUACAAUCAAGAUCCUCAACCCGAACCAAUGGACAUUAGUGUUGAUCAGACCUCUGAACUGUCCACUUUACCCUCUCUGGAAACAUCAGAACGAGACUUUUUCCCACUAGAAACAUUUACAGAUGCCAAUUUCCCUUCAACAAUUAACCCUGAUCCAAACACUAAUCCCAAUUUCAAUGGUACUCAGAUUUAGACUAAAAUCUUUAAUUUUUCAUAAUCUUAAAACCAAAACGCAAACAAAUUUAAUUAUUUUUCAUUUCAAUCUCUUUCUAAUCAUCCAUCAAGGUUAUAAAUCUUUCUCUAUGAUUACUCAGUGAAUCGUCUUCUCUUUUUUAUAUCACCAUAGCUGAUUGUUAUUUUUCUCUCUCUCUCUCUCUCACUUCACAAACAAAGCACGAUGAUAGUAUAAAAUUUUCGUUAAUUAAAUCUUUGAGUUUUCAUGUAA